AUGAUUUUCUGCUGUUUUGCUGUUUUUUUAGUUUUUUUUUUAUAUAUUUGUGUGGGUGGGUGGGUGGGAGUGGACGUUAUUGCGGCAAAAGAACGCAAACAGAAACAACCGAAGAUGUCAUACUAUGACAAGUCCGGUUCUGUGGGUUAUGAUGAAAGAGAUAAGGAGUUGAAUGAAGAGUUGGAGGCCAUGCUUGCGCGUACACCGCCUCACAUUCAGAGGCAUCUUCAACAACGUAUUCAUGAUGGAAUAUUACAGCGAAUGAAAGAGGAAACCACAAGAAAGUGCUGGGAAUUUGUCAAGAAGUAUGAAGGCUGUGUGAAUUCGGUUCAACCCUACAAUAUAAGGGAGUGCCUUCCUCACCGUGAUGCACUAAACGAUUGCGCUCAUGAAAUUAACUGUGAAGAUAAUUAUCAGAAAUAUCGUUUGCUGUAUCUGCAUGGUGAGCUUCUCAAACUUCAUGAACACCGCACAGGUCAGAAGAUGGAAGCACUGAAGUCUCGUGUUCCUGAUUCGAUUAGAACCUGGAAGUCAGACUAUGCUCCAAAGUACGCUGAUAUGAUGUCAGAAGUAGGCGCAAAGCCUUUUACAGGGGAAGGGGAAAAUCUAGAUGAUGAGUGA